AUGACGAUUAGACAACAUCUGCGCGCAAUAUUGGCAACAACAAGUCGACACUACACUAUUGCUUCGUCGCCUCCUUUUCAAUUCACGACAACGGAUGCCGGAAAGCUCUAUGAAAUUCCUAAGGCUGACUAUGAUCGAUUGAAUUUUAAUAAAAUGUUGCCGCUAGCACUCACUAAACAGUUCGGAACUAUCGAUGAGUGUGUUACGAUGAUCAGGCCUCCUUUAGUUGAAGUUUCUUCAUAUAUGAAGACUGCUCGAACCAAUUUUUCAUCUUUACGACUUUGUCUUUGGGGCCGAUUUGGAACUGGGAAAACGACAACUCUAAAUCAGGCUGUCCAUAUGGCUUCGUCGGAGGGCUGGGUUGUCGUCCAUUUAAAAUCUGUUCUGUCAUUGACAAGAAAGGUACAAGAGGUGGAUAUGUCUACAUAUCAACCUGGGAGAAUCAAUGAUCCGAUGAGAGCUACAGAGAUUCUCCAACUCUUUAAGCAACAAAACACUCACCUAUGGAAAAGAUUGAGCGAGUUGAUGACAACCAAAAGCUACGAAUGGACUAAAAACGAUAAGACGGUUGAAGGUAAGCCUCUAACCGACAUCGUUGAAAUGGGUCUCUCUGCGCCGUAUCUUGCUUCGGAUUGCGUUGGAGCUUUGUUUAAAGAGCUGCGGCUUCACGCUUCAAAAGGAGAAAUAAAACUGUUUGUUGGCAUUGAUGACUCCAAUUCACUUUGGGGAAAAACGCUUGUGAAGAAAGCUGAUCGAACAAAAGCAAAGGCACAUGAACUGACACUUGUACAACAUUACAAAAACUUCCUACAAAAUGAUUGGAGCAAUGGCACGGUGCUUUUAGUCGCUGAUCAAAAAGAGGUAUCUGAUGCUCGAGACUCGCUUACUGUGCCACUUUACACUCCACUCGAAUUGUUUGGCGACGAGGGUUUUGAUUUUAUCGACCCCUUUAUCCCAAUUGAGACAUCAAUUUAUACAAAGGAGGAAGCUAACACGAUAUUUGAAUACUACAAAACGAAACAAUGGCUUGCAACACCUGGAGCUAAAGACAAUACGGGGCGAAUACAAAUCGCUGAACUUUCUGGCUAUAAUCCUUUUUAUUUUGAGAGAAUCUGUGCGUUUGUG